AUAGAUGUGAGGGCAUAGGAGAAGGACCAAGAGUUUAUGUUUAUAAUUUCCGGGUAAUAUAUAUAUUCUAAUUAGUGAAGAGAGAGUAGAGGUUAACUAAUUAUGGACAAGGCACGGUUCGGGCUUUUCUUCGUGUUGUUCAUUCUCCUUGCUUCUCAUCAGAUGGUGGUGCAAACAGAGGGAAGGCAUUGCGAGUCAAAGAGCCACCGGUUCCACGGGUUGUGCCUGAGCCACCAUAACUGCGCUUCGGUUUGCCAUCUUGAAGGUUUCACCGGUGGUAAGUGCCGCGGAUUCCGUAAACGCUGCUUCUGCAAGAAGCGCUGUUAAUUAUGUCAAGCUACACUAGAAUUUGCUUGCAGUUUCACUAGCUAGCCUUCCUAUUUCUUUUUAUUUUUAACGGAUGUUGUCACCUCAAAUAAUUAAUUAAAUAAAUACUUCUGAACCACUCGUAUAUCUACAUACGUCUUGGAUCAGUUGUUAAAUUUUAAUUAUUACUUCAAUUAAUGCUUGUUUUCCAUUUUGUUAUAGGCGCUUGAGGCUGGUUUAAUUUGCUUUAAGCGCCAUGUUUUUCUAAUCUUGUAUGUUCUCCUUUUCAUGAUGUAUUUGCCAUCCAAAAGUAGUGAAACUGCAUAUUUAAUUUUCA